AACCGGGGGGGAUGGGUAUUCGCCGAUUGGUUGCUCGUAGACCGGCACACACAUCCAAGGCUCGCAAUAUAACCAGGGGCAGGUCGACUGCUAAAGAAACAAUUAUCAUUUAUUUUAAAAUGAAAGUGCAGAUGUUACGUCACAGGGAAGCGUGAACUGUAUGUAGCAGUUAGAAACUCCGGCCGGGGGAAAAGGAAGCAUUGCAUUUGAGAGUGAAAUUGCUACAUGCAUCUGUUUGUGUUUUGAAGGGGCCGCCGGUAAAGUAAUAGCUACUGUAGCUAGCGAGCUAAAGUGUGGAGAAUAUGAGCGCAGGUCCCGGCCUACUGUUGCCGCCGCCGGGAUUUUGCAGAUCCGCUUUCACAAAUCGGAAAAAAUACACGCAAUAUGUCACAAUCUGAAAGUAUUUCGGUCGUUUUUGUUGUGACCGAGAUGUAAAUGGAUGGAGCCAUGACAGCAUGAAUCAGUCAUACGAACUGACAAUUCGAGAUGCAUUGGAGUGCUGCUCCACCCCACUGGAGUUUCAGCCCCCUGUUGGUUCCAUCUCACCCUAUGGCCAGCAGUACGGCAGUGAUCUCGAACCCGGGCCGGUGGGCGGAGUCCCACUCCCCACAGCUCCGGCCUUCAGACCCGGACCUGGCUAUGCGUACGGUCGCCAUGAUCGCUCCUCCCACCCUUACAGCCCACUAAGGAGACUCCAGGACUUGACCUCCAUGGUGAGCAGGCCGGACCUCGCCUUGCCCGACGGGGAACCGCAAGGACCCCGAAAUGAUUUGCACACUUGGAACAACCCCAUGGGGAGGGCCGACUUCGGGACCCCCCCGGGGAACGCAGCCUCAUCAUCAGGCAGGAAUCAGACUUACCUGUCGGAUCAGAACUUGGAGAGGGGCGACUGCCUGUCUCCCCCGAAUCCGGACCUCUGCCUGGAGCAGAACAGCACUAUCCCCAACGGGUACCUGCACUUUGAGUCCACCCUGUUCGAGAACGGCGAGGCCAAGGAGGACGAGGAGGUGACGCCCCACCUCUUGGGCUCCUCCAAGAGAGAGCGGAAAGCCGGCGCCUCCUGGAGCCCCAGGGCAAGCACUGGUGCUCCCCGCCCGGCCGCGGAGAAAGGGGCGGCGGCGGGCAAGUCCGUGGGUGUGUGCUCACCUAACGCCAUGGGUGCGGGAAGGAGUUCUGAUGAGGAUUCGGGUGGCACUCACAGAAUUCGCGGAAAGAAUGCCCCCAGACUUAAAAUGGCAACCCCCAGCCCUGACCCAUCUCAAACGGCUGAAUACGACAUCACAUCGCCCAGUCAGGCUUCCACAAGUCCUACUACUGUCUCAAAAAACAAGCCACUUCCACCAGUGAAGUUCAAAGAGGGAGAUGUGGUUUGGGCCAAAUUCAACCGCAGACCAUGGUGGCCAUGUCAGGUGGUCAAGGAGCCUCUGGAAGGGACCUGCUUUAGAAUAAAAGAUUCCAGUGAGCGCCCCUGUCGUCAGUAUUUUGUCAAGACGCUGGGGGAAAUCAUCGACCAAGCUUGGGUCCCUAAAAAGGCAACUCAACCCUUUGAGGGUGGCUACCAGUUUGACAGCCUCCCCGUGCUUCGAAGGAGAGGAAGGCAGAAGGACAAGAACUACAAAUACACGAUACCCAAGCGUUUUCUUGAAUCGUGGAGGACCAGUAUAGAAGAAGCAGAAGUGGUUCUCUCAAAGGCCCUUUCCACUUCCUCCUCCCAGAAUUACAAUCACACUGAUGGGUGUGUACCUAGGAAAGGGGCCAAAUCCUCUUGCACUUCAGAAUCCACGGAAACCCCAACGUCAGAUCACCUUCUCAAUGGAGAGGGAACAGUGCCCAGAAAGCCACUGAAAGUACCUGAGAGUCAUGCAGCUAGCUCUCGGAUUAAAAAGAAGCCAGGUAGCUCGUUAAAAACGCCCAGCACUAAAAAGGAAGAGUCACCCAAACAUAAAUUCGAGGGUAAUCGAAACGAGGUUGAGAAGGAGUCUGAGGAGUCUCCUUAUUCCAACGUUGAGUUGAUACCAAGGAUUCUGUACCCAAAAGCUCUUGAUCAAGCCUCGGAACUCAACCACGGCUUCUCUUCCUCGUGUCCCAGGAAAGAGCUGCGGAAAAAACCAGCACGGAAGAAUGUCAAAGGUCUUAAAAAGCCACGGAAGGGAUCUACUGGAGAUACCAAUGGUGCAGGCUCAGACUCGGAGAACAGUUUUGGUGGUGAAUCAUCAUUCAGUAAAAUAACUGCAUGUCUUGCUGACCUAAAACGCCAGGACUCUUCAGGAGUUGAUGAUCUAACUGGACCUCCCAAGAAACCUCCAGAUGAGCAAUUUGCACGUUUUCCUGCCAGUAACUGCUUGAUGACAGGAGCGCUAAAAGCCAUGGAAGAGGCAAAUAUUAAAGAUAGUUUAAAGUUCACCCAAAGCUCAGAGUCUGUUUUGUCAAAUGGUGAGGACUCCACUUCAACAAAAAAGCUUGCUGAGAAAUCUGUGUCAGAAUCAGAUGAAAGUACCAAAAAUUUAUCAGUCAAGGCAUCCGGCUGUGAUAAAUUGAGCUGCACUCCAGCUUUGUCUAGUUACUCUACUAGCACUUCUCCAAAAUUACCAAGCACUGAAGAAGCCAACCGCAGUAGGCCGUUGAUAAAAUCAGAAGAGCAAGGCAGCUCGAUUUCUGCAGAAUCUGUGGAUGCUGUUGCCCUUGGUGCUACCCGGGUCAAAAAAGACAAUUAUGCGUCUGAUAGGUCAUCAUGUUCCUCACCGGCAUCUUCACUUUUGUUUUUGGAUGCCCACCAAGAUGUUAAAGAGAUAAUAUUUAAGUCAUUAGUCGGCAAAGAUGGCAAGUCGAGUCAGCUCGCCACCUUUCAGCCUAAUGCGAACUUGAAGUUUAGUACUUUUUUAAUGCUGCUAAAAGAUAGGCAUGAUAUCCGAGAGAGAGACGGCACUCCUCUUGUCCUGGAGCGAGGACCUACUAGUGCUCUUAUGAAAGAAGAGCCAUCUCUGAUGCCACCAGAAGAGGCUGGUCCAAAUGAGCAGUUGUGGGCUACUGGAAAGGGCAAGGUAUCAGCCCUGAAAUUUGCACAUCCCAAACCCAAACAAGUAAGGUCCAGGCCCUCCCAGAAAAAGGAAAUUGGGAGAUGCGAACGGGGAGAUGCCAGUUUCGUGAAAGGCGGGCAGACCCGAAGCACGAAUCAAGGUUCAAAAAAGCGACUGAAGAGGAGUCGGCUGCCUGCUGCCAAGAAAGGCGUGGUAGGGGUGGCUCUUGGGUUGGUGGAGCCUACAUUUGGUAAGUCACUGGGACUAGGUAUUCCUCAAUUUUCAGGGAAGUCUUCGUCAUACCUUCCUGGGUCUGUACUCCAUUCCCCUGGUCAAAGCACCAUCACCAGUGUGGCCCCGAAGAAGCGCUGGCAGACCUUUGAGCCAAUGGGUGAUCAGCAGCCAUUGAAAGCACCCCCUGAGCCUUGUGACGCUAAUGGUGAAAGUCUGGCCUUUGUUCCACACUUGUCCAGCUGCCUUCAUCCAAAGAACAAUCUCCAGAGCCAGACUGGCACUGACAUUACAAGUUCCACCCCCCCUGUCAGUGAAGGAAAAGAGGUUUCUUCAGCAUACCUACAAAAUAAACGACAGAGAAAGCCAAGCAAAAGACUGAUAGAAUGGACAGAAGAAUAUGAUCAGAUAUUUGCUACCAAGAAGAAGCCGAAGAAAACCCCGGAGCCUUCGAAAAAGGUGUCCGAGUCUAGCACAGAGCAGCUAUCAUCUACAAAGAUCAUGCACGACGUUUUGAACACACCUACAGAGAUGCAGACCCCACAACAGUCUGAGGCUCAUGACCGGCCCGUCACAGGGCAGCUCCCACCUCAAAAUGCCCAUGCCCCACCCGUAGACACACUUACCCCACCCCCAGAAUCUGUACACUCCCCCGCUGGAGCAGGAGGUGUUGGGGAGUCGGCUAAAACAAAACUUGAAACAUCUGCUGAACCUGCCUGCCAGGAUGGGAAGAGACAGAGGAAACCGACGAAAAAAAUCCUGGAAUGUUCCAUCGAGGCAGAACCCAUCAUAAUCCCAAAGAGGAAGAAGUGUAGGGAACAAGGUAGAGGGGCAGAGGAGGAGGCAGGAUCCCAGGACAAUCAGGAAGGGGUGCAUGAGGCCAAGUCUACUAAGAAAGAAGUGCCUGUAUCAAGUUCGUCCGGUCAUGCUUCUAAUUCAGGCUCCGCUAAAUCGAAAAUGGGUCCAGCAGUGCUACCACCAACAUCGCAGAAGGACCAGUCAGAUCCCCCGGAGUGCCUGGAUGAAGAGGGACACUAUGACUCUGUCGCAUUGGGACUUCUGGAGGACGACCUCCAGCUGGAUGGAAAGUCUUUGCAGGACUCAGAGGGUUUUGGGUCGAGUUACGACGACGUCAUGUCGUCCAUGAAGGAUGAUGGGUCGUCCUCAAGCAAGAGGCCGCCGGGGGAUAAGGGGGGUGCGGCGUCGCUGAAGGAAAACGUCUGCCAGGUGUGUGAGAAGACGGGCGAGCUGCUUCUGUGCGAGGGCCAGUGCUGCGGCGCCUUCCACCUGCAGUGCAUAGGCCUCACCGACAUGCCCCAGGGCAAGUUCGUCUGUCAGGAAUGCACCACCGGCGCACACACGUGUUUCGUGUGUAAGAAGACGGGCACAGACGUGCGACGCUGCAUGAUCCCUGUGUGCGGGAAGUUCUACCACGGCGAGUGCAUUGCCACGUAUGCGCCCACUGUGCCGCAGGGUCGCAGCUUCCGCUGCGCGUUGCACGUCUGCCUGUCCUGCUACAUCACCAACCCCGCCAACCCCUCCGCAUCCAAAGGCCGCCUGACACGCUGUGUGCGCUGCCCUGUCGCGUACCAUGCCAACGACUACUGCAUGGCCGCCGGCAGCAUCGUCCUGGCCAACAACAGCUUCCUGUGCCCUAAUCACUUCACUCCGCGCAAGGGCUGCCGCAACCACGAGCACGUCAACGUUAGCUGGUGCUUCGUCUGCUCCGAAGGGGGCAGCCUUCUGUGCUGCGAAUCAUGUCCAGCUGCUUUCCACCGCGAGUGUCUCAACAUCGACAUGCCCGAGGGCAGCUGGUUCUGCAACGACUGCCGCGCUGGCAAAAAGCCACACUACAAAGAAAUCGUUUGGGUCAAAGUUGGCCGAUACAGGUGGUGGCCUGCUGAGAUCAGCCACCCCAAGAACAUUCCCGCCAACAUCCAGCGCAUGAAGCAUGACGUCGGCGAGUUUCCUGUCCACUUUUUCGGCUCCAACGACUAUCUCUGGACCUAUCAGGCGCGGGUCUUCCCCUACAUGGAGGGCGAUACCAACAGCAAAGACAAAAUGGGAAAGGGAGUGGACUCCAUCUACAAAAAAGCUCUCCAGGAAGCCGCCAGAAGGUUCAAAGAGCUCCAGGCCGAGCAGGAGCUGCGGCAGCUCCAAGAGGACAGGAGGAAUGACAAGAGGCCUCCGCCAUACAAGCACAUAAAGGUCAACCGGCCGAUCGGCAAGGUGCUGAUCAUCACGGCCGACCUGUCGGAGAUCCCGCGCUGCAACUGCAAGGCCACCGACGAGAACCCGUGCGGAAUGGACUCGGAGUGCAUCAACCGCAUGCUGCUCUACGAGUGCCACCCGCAGGUGUGCCCGGCGGGCGAGCGCUGCCAGAACCAGUGCUUCACCAAGCGCCAGUACACCCCAGUGGACAUCUUCCGCACGCUGGCGCGUGGUUGGGGCCUGCGUAGCUGCUAUGACAUAAAGAAGGGGCAGUUCGUGAGCGAGUACGUGGGGGAGGUGAUCGACGAGGAGGAGUGUCGAGCCCGGAUCAAGCACGCGCAGGACAACGACAUCGGCAACUUCUACAUGCUGACGUUGGACAAGGAUCGCAUCAUUGACGCGGGCCCCAAGGGGAACCAGGCACGGUUCAUGAACCACAGCUGCCAGCCCAACUGUGAGACGCAGAAGUGGACGGUGAACGGGGACACGCGCGUCGGCCUCUUUGCACUCAUGGACAUCCCAGCAGGUACGGAGCUGACCUUCAACUAUAACCUGGAAUGCCUGGGCAACGGAAAGACAGUCUGUAAAUGCGGGGCACCCAACUGUAGCGGGUUCCUCGGGGUGCGGCCCAAGAACCAGCCGACGGCGGAGGACAAGGCGCGAAAGCAGAAGAAGAAGGUCCCUGUGAAGAGGAAGAGCCAGUCCGAGGUGACCAGGGAGCGGGAGGACGAGUGCUUCACCUGCGGUGACAGCGGACAGGUUAUCUCCUGCAAGAAGCCCGGCUGCCCGAAGGUGUACCAUGCAGACUGCCUCAACCUGACGAAGAGGCCGGCAGGCCGCUGGGAAUGCCCCUGGCAUCAGUGUGACGCGUGUGGCGCCGAGGCAGCCUCCUUCUGUGAGAUGUGCCCCAGCUCCUUCUGCGAGUGCCACCGCGACGGCAUGCUCUUCAUCUCCAGGCUGGACGGCCGCCUCUCCUGCAGCGAACACGACCCCUGCGGCCCGGAGCCACUCGAGCCAGGCGAGGAAAGCAAGUUAAUCAACGGAGAGAGCGGCCAAGGUUGCGGGAUUGGGUAACUGAAGAAAUUUUGGUAUGCCACAAAUUUCAGCACCUCGCAUCGUCAGUUACAGGAAAUUUGCCCUUGCUGGGCCCAGAACAUGCAUGCAUAUACGUAUGUAUGCUGCAGUCUUGAUCCAAAAGUCACAUAACAAUCUCCAGUCAUUUUAUGGCACAUUUUACCAGAAACGGUGACCAUUUUGGGUCCACUCUACAUGCCGUUUUUAUUAUCAAAAUCAAUACUGAAAGAGUGAAUGUCACAUAGGCUUGGAGUUGGAGAGGUAAUACAGGAGGAAUUGCUUUGAUAGAAGAUUGUAACAUCGCAGAAACGUGGAUGCUGGUGACCUUUAACCCCCCCCACCCCCAUAGCUCUGCAUUCCCACGGAAGAUUAUGACAAGAUUAUUGCGGACAAUUAAGAACAUUCCAUGCAGGUCUGGUUACUCAUUUUGGACAUUGUGAGUAUGUCCAAUAGUUUAUUCCCUUGUUUUUUUUUUUUUUGUUCCUUGAUUGAUCAUGGUGAUUUUUUUGUACAUUUUGAAAAUAUUUUCAUGCUAAGUCUCUGCUGGAGUAAUUAGCACCUCAUUUGCGGCCUCUGCGAAUCAGACGUCCAGUUCAAAUCUACGGAGCCAUGGGGGUAACUAUGUCCCUCCAUCCUGGAAGAAGAGAAUGAACCGAUGUUUCAGAAGGGCAGAGGUUGGCCGAGGUUAGCUUGUGUGGGUCAAAAGACCGGCCUCUGAUUGGGCGGUCUGGGAAAGCAGCAGUGGAUUCCCGUGACGGUCACCUGUUGACGUCUGCAGGCCCUCCUGGACGCAAGCUCACCUCCCCCGAGCUUCCCGGCCUCGCCACCAGAGCGGCACUGUGGUUCUCGCCGUUUCCCGUAGAUACCCCUUUACCCAUGCCAGAGUGUGCUGGAAGAUCGUGUUUGUAACUAGCGUGUGUAAUAUUUCACAGUGUAUUUAUAUUGUCACACUCAUCACGCACAAAAAAAAUUAAUAAUGCUCCUCUCGGAGCGAGUCGGCUCUCCUCCUCCCCCGGUCUUCACCUCCUCCAUCUUCCUGUACAGCUAACGGUUACUUGUGGCCUCCUUGGUUUGAGACCUAAGUUGAUCUUUAAUGGAUACCAAACACUACAGUCAUCGUCAUCAUGUAUUUGUUUAGCCUUUGCAUAAAUACCAUCUCCCUCAUUUCUCCUUAAUCAUGCUAAGAGAACUGAAAUCCGUAUCCGAUGUUGAAUAACUGAAGUCACUGCCAAGUUCAUGCCCAUUGACGUGUUAACUGACACACAAAUGUUCCUCUGUUGAACCCUACUGGUAAGACGUUAGGACAGGGUUUGGCUUUGGGAAGACCGUUGGACUGUCUGUACUGGAAGUGGGUUCCUGUAGACCCGGAAUCUUGGGUCUAGUACUCUACUGACUGAUUUACGCCAAUGAGAUGUCAGUUAGGGAAACGUGCAGUAUUUCGGUAAUUACAUGCAGAAGGUUUGUAAUUAAACAUGAAGGGACAAGAGCAGAAAUGGCAAACAAAUCUAGUCAUGGUAAAAAAAAUAAAAACACCUCAAUGUCCCCUUUAAAUAUUAUAACCUAGCAUAGAUGUGGAACCAAGAAACACAAUAGAUUGAGGUAAUUGGUCUACUAAGGUUUGGUAGUGGAAAUGGCUUGAGUAGCAGUGUCUGCUUUAGCAGAAGAGUAACCUUACACCUAUCAUACUUGAGACAAUCUAAGUAUGUUAUUUUUUAUGCGUACGUGUAGCCAUGUGUCUUGAACAUGCGUGAGGAUUUGAAGUUUGUGUUGGUUUCAGAAAAGUUUUUACAUGCGCCAGUUGACACAGUGGGGUCUUGACUUUCCCCACGCUCUGUCAUCUGUUCGAGUGUGUGUUACUUUGGCGACUAAAGUUAAAAUGCUACCGCGACAGUGGCUUGUGAAGGCUGCUAUUUGCAGAGGCUGGAAGGGGAUUCCCUUCAGCCACCAGUAGUGAGUAGGGGUGGAAAAAAUGACAACAAGCCCCUGCAUUUUAGAGUUCACAAGAAAGAGGGGUUGUUAGAUUUUCUUUAAUUCAUUUGGAUUUUAGUGGCGCCCCCUACUGUUAUGUGUCCCACCAAAUAUAUUUUGUUGAAAGUGGUACAGAAGUACUGGUGACACACCCAGAGUUUUACCUAACAACUAUCCAAGUGUAAGGUUCCUGUAAUUAUGAAUGAAAGAUGUUUAAGUUUAAAGAACAGUCUGUCAUUUUAGAGGAAAUUAUGAGGCCUCAAAUCACUGAUGCUAUGUGUAUACACUUGUGUAUAAAACCUAUGUAUGCACUUAGUGUCUGGGAUACAGGAGAGAGGAGGAGUUUUUAAAUUACUUUUGAAAAUUGUAAGGAAAAAAAUUAUGCUAAAAAACUUAAAUUUAAAUUUUUAAAUUUAAAUUAGUGUAUCUCAGAUAACUAUAAUCAGAACUAUCUUAGAAGAAAUUUAAAGAAUGAACCCUCCCUCAACCACGAGAUAUAUUUUUGGUUCUUUCGGUAAGAAAACUUUAAAUUUUUAUUAUUUUAUUUGUUACAUUCCCUGCAUAACACAGGGCUCAAGGUUGGGGCAUUCCGGCAAAUUCUGCCACUUCAUUUCCUGUGCGGGCUCUAACACAGCGUUUGUGCACCAAACUAAAAAUGGAAUGAAUUAGACUGAAAUGCACCAGUUUUCCUGAUUUAAUUAAACAGCCCAGACAGUCACCAUUAAAAACCAGUCUUUUGCAGUGAACUGUGGUCAUCUUUCCAGAACAUUCUGAAAAUUAUUAAUAGAGAUUUUUUUUUUUUUUUUUUUUUUUAUAAAAACUGUAAUUUUAUUCUGCUUCGCCAGCCUUGGUUACGCGACGGAAAUUUUGAUACUGAAACUUUCCUGGGAAAGUAGUCGUACAUUGCCGUUGAAUAUAUAACAAAAUCCAGGUAGGAGAUUGUUGUUUUCAUGCAUUCCCACUAAACCAAUCCUACUGUUAGGGGUUUGUUGCAUAGCUGCUGUGUGGAGACAAGUAUUUAUAGACAUUACCUGUAAAGGUUUAUAAAUAUUAGAGCUAUUACUUUUUAAUUUGUACUUUCCUGCUUUUAGAAGGUUGGUGUGCUUGCUCUUUCGUUUGAAGCCUUCAACGUGAGAACUAGUCAUCGGUUUAGCGAAAAACUUGCUGUCCUAAAGAAAGAAAAAAAAAAAACUGCUGCCAUGUGAGAGACUUGCUCAACUAUAUUGUAGUCCUUUGUACAUAAUAAAAAAAGAUACUGUAAGUAAAGUUUCUCUUCAAUCGUGA